GAAGAAGAGCAGGAGCAUCGUUACUUGCUUCCUCGCUUGCUCCGUCCCGAUUCGCACACCCAUUUUGAAGGCUAUGAUCAGCUCCCCUAGUUAGCUAGCCCUAAGGCUGGACAUAGGGGGAGCAGGCCUCGAGUGUCGCUCGCUGCUGCUCGCCGUCCUUCUGCGCGCACGCACACGUUCCUUGCGAGAGCUUUCGGAGCGCACCUGAGAGAGAGUCGCUUGCCCUGCUGUUUAGCCAUCGUGCCACUUCGCGUAAGCUGAUUCCAAGCCUGCUCUGACUGCAGCACCUGAGAGUCUCUUCUGUGCACCUUUUAUUUUUUAUAUUUUUUUUCCCAUUCAAGCGUCGUUUCUUACGCCGGGAUGGAACUCAAGUGCUAGUUCUGAAGGCAUUUAGACGUGGGUUUCGUGCUCCUGGAGUCGGUGGUUUUGUGAAUUUCCUGCGGCGUUGGGGAGGGAGCGUUAUUUCAGGCAUUUUGCCGACGAGGCACAGCGGACGUGGAGCGAGCACAGUGGGGAGGGGUUGCAACUGGGCGAGAUCCGAGAGGGGCUGGGAUGCGUGGGUCGGGAUUGUCUUAGUUUCGUGGCGGAGUGGAGAAUUCGGUGGGGGCUUUUCGAUAUUGUGGGAGGUGGAGGUGAGUGAUUUGCAGGGUUUCGUGAGAGUUGCUCCCAGUGUCCGUGUGAUUGGGGGUUUUAUGGCGGACCCCAGUUUUCUUUGUCGAUUGAUUGAUUGCCAGUGUUGAUUGAUGCGCCUGCGAGGUUUCGUGAUUUGAAUAUUCUUUGCGUGGGUUUUUUUGUUCCUUUUCAGUUUCCCCUCGCCUUUUAUCCACCUUCCGCCUCACGUGUCGUCGCUUCAGCUGGUGAAGGCACCUCUCCUUUUCGCUCUUUCAGGAUUGUUUUUUAGACGUGCAGAAUUUGUCUUCGCUUUAUUCCAGAGUAGCUUCCCGGUAGAAGUUUAGGAUUGGAGGCAGAAGCAGAGGGAUUCUUACGCAAAAUGCCUGAAAUACAUCGGACGGGUGCUUCGGUUCUCCAACAAGAUCAAAUGGGUUCGGUUAUGGGUGUACGCUCUCUGUUCUAGUUGGCCGUACCUUAGGUUGAAUAUCUGAUACUAUGAAGCUUGGAAUGCGUUUCUCCUUUCGCCCGGCUUCCGCGGUGAAGAAUAUUCUCCCAGUUCACCUUUCAGGUAGUCUGCCAUUCAUCCAGUGGAAGUUGAGAGAUUACUCGUAGAAGAGGAGGAUCUUUACAGAACAUGGUGGCUGAUUCCAAAUAGAAGAAGGGAAACCCGUUACCAAAGUAGGUGAACUCGUGGACUUUGUACAUUCGACGGCACAAGCAGAUGUGUGAAGAAGACAUCGUUGUUGCACAUCGAGUUGCGGCCAAUUUCAUGUCUUUAGGUAAUUUGUGCGCGGACGGAAAAGGGAAAUGGGGGCCAAGUUGUCGACAGACCGCCCUGGCUGGACGGGGGAUUCAAUGCUGACUGAUGAGGGAAGCGGGUCUAAAGCGAGGCGCAACUUGAAGCACGACGAGGUUGUGGAGGUUCGGAGAGAAGGAGAGUCCUCGGAGGAGCUGAGCGUGCAUUUCGGAUACCAGUGCCAAUCGAACCAUGGCCACUCGGUGGCCAACCAGAGACCUCUCUCAAUUCCAGAGGCUGCAUCCACGAUCAGCUCCGAGGACAACACGGUCUCUGUCACUUUGUCCAACGGAUUUCUUAACCCUCGAAGAAAUAAUACAUUCUCGUCGUUGUCGGGAGCUGCGUUGGGCGCCAAUGCAACGUUGGCGAACAGCAGCAUAUGCAAUGGCAAGCUUGGGGAGGAAAUUCUUCCGGGUUUGGAUUCCCCCAAAACAUUCCGCAAGAUGGAAUCCAUCCAUCGAGCUUCCUCCUUGAAGAGCGAUAUGUCGACCCUGAAAAUCCUCAAUAGCACCGGCAGCCAUUCCGUCCCAGCCCAGCUUGUGGACUUGGCCUCGUACGCAUCCAGCAUUGAAAAUGCAAACCGAAGCAGUUUUCUUAACGCCAAGGAUGUGCAAGUGGCGGGAGGCGCCGCGGGGGAGGAUCGUGUGCAGGCGAUCUGCUCCGAGGACAAAGGAUGGCUGAUCUGUGGAGUUUACGAUGGAUUCAAUGGCCGUGACGCGGCGGAUUUCUUAGCCGGAACUUUGCUCGAGAAUAUUGCCUUGCAUUUACGCCUGUUAGAGCACAGGGCGCAGAAACGGCAAGCGCUCCUCGACAUUGACGACCGCCAGAACUCCGGUGACGGCGAAGACACAGUGGUGAUAGAUGAUGUCCUAAUUGGUGCACAGCAAGCAACGCGCGCCAGCAACUCCGCCGACAGGGGCACUGAUACCACCAUGGACGAUUUCGGGGAGCUAAACGACGGCGGCGCGUCGUCAUACAUUGAAAGUUCAGACUUGCCGCAAUUUCGGAAAGGCGUGCUGGAAGGACUGCAGAAAGCAUUGGUCCAGACGGAGAGCGAUUUUCUACGAAAGGUCGAACAGGAGAUGGAGGAGCGGCCCGAGCUCGUCAUGGUGGGCUCGUGUGUGCUGGUCGUGCUCCUGUAUGGGCGCAGCUUGUACACUCUGAACUUGGGCGACAGCCGGGCUGUUCUCGCCACCACUAAAGCUCUUGCAAAUGCUGCCAACAAGCCGAGUUCUCUGUACGCAGUGGAGUUGACGGAGCGCCAUAUCGCUGAAGACCCGCGCGAGCGCGAGCGCGUGAUGAGGGAGCACCCCGAGGAUUCCCGCGCCAUCUUCAAUAGCCGCCUUAAAGGCAAGCUUCGCGUCACGCGCGCCUUCGGUGCUGGCUACCUGAAAAAGGCUGCGAUGAACAAUGCAUUGAUGGGCAUAUUGCGUGUCAAGGAUUUGAGCAGUCCCCCCUACCUGGCAGUCACACCAUCUGUGAGCAGCCUGGAAGUCCAGCCCGAGGAUAGAUUUGUAGUGAUUGGAAGCGAUGGAAUGUUUGAUUUCUUUUCCAACGAAGAAGUGGUUGAGUUAAUCAAUAACUUUCUGAUAGCGGAUCCUUCGGGUGAUCCUUCCAAGUACAUGGUGGAGCAGCUUCUUGCUCGCGCUGCGAAAAACGCUGGGAUUCCGGUAGACCAGCUGAAGGCGAUACCCAUAGGGCGCAGGAGGAAGUUUCACGAUGAUGUGACCAUCAUCGUGGUGGACCUCCGAACAGAACUCCUUGGUGCCUAAGCCUCGACUCUCCUCGGAACAGGAGGAAUGAGUUCUGUAUGUGGCAAGGUAGUUCAUUUUGCCACAGAAGAGCAGGUGGAAUUUGCCAGCCAUUUAACUGCCGGAGCUCUUCCUGGUGCGGUAAUUUUUCAAGCACCAACACCAGAAUCGUGGUUGCGAACUACGAUAAUAAUGACGAAAUCAAAAUUAUUAUUCUUUUCUCAUUGUUGUGAUGGCGCUGGCGAUGUUUCAUUCAAAUUUCUGUCCUAUCAACUUUCGAGGGUAGGGUAGAGGUCUACCAUGUUGGUUACGGUUGAUUCUUCUUCUUAGUUGUACAUAUGAGUUUGGGUUGUCACCCGGCAGCCAAUUGUUGGUUGAUCCAUGGUCGCAUUAUCGAUCUACCCCUGGUCUUUUGAUGGCCAAGCGAUUAAAUACUUUACACAGCAGUGCAUUUAAUGUUAGUCCGAGGAGUAAAAAUUCCCCAACAUUUUAUUUGCGAUAAGUCAAAGUCCCACUCAUGAAUGGAAGACAUUCA